AUGGACGUUGAUGAAGAUACGAAGAGAAUCGAGGAAGAGCUGAAUGAAACUAUGGUAGAAAUAGAAAAGCUGAAGAAAGAAUUGAAAGAAGAAAUGAAGGAAAUUAGGGAAGAGAUAGAAAAGCUGAAGAAAGAAUUGAAAGAAGAACUGAAGGAAACUAGGGAAGAGAUAGAAAAACUGAAGAAAGAAUUGAAAGAAUUGAAAGAACGGAAAGAAGAUCUCGAGAAGAAGAUUGAAGAAAAGCUGAAGAAAAUAAGGAAGGAGCAUAAUGAAGAGCUAAAGAAUGUAAUCACUGAGAAGAACGAAAUGGUGAGGAUAGUGAUGAAGGACAAUGAUAAAAAACUUGAGGAGAAGCGUUGUGAGCUAGAAGAGUUAGAGGAUACAAACUCGACACUCAUCAUAAAAGAACGUCAAAGCACUGGAGAGAUACAAGAAGCAUUCACAGAAUUAAUUAGGGUAAUAUAUUUACGAGUUAUUUUCAUGUUCUUGAGUGCCGUACUGCUGUUGGUAUAA